UAUGGAGCAAUUUUCAGCAUGGGAAAGAAAUUGUGUUGUGUGUCUGGUGAUAGAAAAUGGUCUCUCAUUUUGUAGGCAUGACACAAAAUAUAUACCUAAUGGGGUAGUACCCCCCUGGCGCCAAACAUCUACUUAUAAUCUGAAUGGACACGCUGGAGUUCUAAGUAAAAGAAGUAUGAAGGCAGUAGUGACAGGAGGUGGAGGCUACUUUGGAUACAGUCUGGGUUGUGCUCUUGCCAAAUCAGGAGCCUCAGUUAUCCUGUAUGAUAUACAAAAACCUCCUUCAGAAGUUCCUAAUGGAGCAGCGUUUAUUCAGGCAGAUGUGAGAAAUUAUGAUGCCCUAUUUGCAGCUUGUGAGGGGGCUGACUGUGUGUUUCACAUAGCAUCCUAUGGAAUGUCAGGACUAGAACAACUACAAAGAAAACAGGUUGAAUCCAUAAAUAUUGGUGGAACAAAAUUCAUCAUUGAUGUCUGCAAACAAAGAAACGUCCCGAGAUUGGUAUAUACUAGUACAAUAAAUGUGGUGUUUGGAGGGAAUCACAUUGAAGAAGGUGAUGAGGAAACUGUGCCAUAUUUCCCACUAGAAAAGCAUAUUGACCAUUAUUCCAAGACCAAAUCAAUUGCAGACCAAAUGGUACUAGCAGCUAAUGCAAGUCUACUCUCAGGAGGAGAUAAACUUCGUACAUGUGUUCUUCGCCCACCAGGCAUCUAUGGGCCCCAAGAGCAAAGACAUCUGCCACGAAUAGCACGGAAUAUUGAAAGGGGGUUUUUUCGCUUCAGGUUUGGGGAGCCCACUGCUCAAAUGAACUGGGUUCAUGUAGAAAAUCUUGUACAAGCUCAUAUUUUAGCUGCUGAAGCUCUCACCUCUGAAAAGAACUAUAUAGCUAGUGGUCAGGCAUAUUACAUAAACGAUGGCGAGAAUGUCAACCUUUUUGAAUGGAUAACUCCACUAUUUGAAAAAUUAGGCUACAGUCAACCAUGGAUACGUAUUCCUACUUCCUUAGUUUAUGCAGCAGCCACAACAAUUGAAUAUCUGCAUUUCACAUUGAGACCACUUCUUGAAGUGUCACCUUUGCUGACCAGAAAUGAGGUGUGGAACGUCGCUGUAACUCACACUUUCCGAAUAGACAAGGCACGUAAUCAGCUAGGGUACUGCCCAAAGAAGUUUGCAUUCGCUGAUUCUGUGGAUCAUUUUAUUAAAACAAGACCAAAAUCCCAGAAUCAUCACUUCUUCCUGAAAAUCUUACUUUCUUUCAUUGCCAGCCUCUUAAGUUUAAUUUUGCUUUCUUUUAAAUUUGAAAGCCUUUCAAUUAUGCAGUUUUUCAAAGAAAACCAACAUUAAGAUAUGUAACUUGGUUUGUACUAAGUCACAGUACAGUUCUGUGCCCACAUGGGCUGCAUUAGGCUUUGUAGUAGUUAUUGGCUUUGACAUAGCAGACUGGCAGCUAAUUUUAAGACUUAAACCAAAAAUGUGGUGUAUCAGUAGCUGCUCUUAGAAAGUUAAAGGACUGUACAAUCCUAAACACAAGGGAGAUCACCACUGAAAAAAUGCAGGGAUUAGAGCGGUUGGAGCUAUGUAUUUCACACCAAAGAAGCUCUCUCCCAAACUGGCUGCUCAAGUGGAUGAGAAACUGGAGGAGGAGCUGCCACAGUAAACCUGUAAUACUGUAACCAUAAAGAGAAAGACUUGAAUAAAGUGAAAGAUUGACCAGAUCUGCUGCCACUGCAUUUUACUGUGAGGAGCUGGGAAACAGAUCAAAGGUGGAAAAUAGAUUUAUGUAAAUAAUGCACACUGGCUGUACAGAAAAGAUGCACAAUGUAAUUUGGGGGGUUUGGGCUUUUUUUGUGAAUUAGUUGUGACAUUGCGUAGGA